UAUAUUUUGCAUCGCAGAAGAUUAUAUUCUAAUCAGUUGGUUCAUUGGUUGUGUGCUGGUUGACGCUAUCGUCCAUGGAUCCGUAAUAAUUGUUGUUAAUUAUAAGUUCUCUCUAUAGUAUAACAUACCAGCGGUAAUCGUAUUAGGGGAUUCGCCACUAUUAUUACCGUUGUUAGCGGAAAACCGAAAUCAUGGAUCUUAGCAGUGGUUUGAAGUCAUUGUUUUUAAUGAUUAUGGAGGAUUGGAAAAUAUUUUUGUGCCUUACAAUUUUAUCCAGCUUGUAUCUUUAUUAUACAAGCACUUUUAAUUUUUUCGAAAAACGUGGUAUUCCAUACAGAAAGCCAGUUAUAUUUGUGGGUAACUUAGGGCCUAGAUUGAGAGGCAAACAAUCAUUUCAUGAAUUUCAACUUGAAGUAUAUAAUUACUUUAAAGGAAAUCGUUUUGGCGGAAUAUUUGAAGGAAGAAGACCACUUUUGACAAUUCUUGAUCCGGACUUAAUCAAAGCCAUAACAAUCAGGGACUUUGAUCAUUUUACUGACAGGAUGGCUAUGAAUGCCAAAGAGCCAAAGUUCUGGAGCCGUUCCCUUUUGAAUUUAAAGGGAUCAGAAUGGAAAGCAGUCAGAAGUACAUUAACACCUGUAUUCAGUUCAUCACGUCUCAGAAAUAUGCUUCCACUCAUCGAAUUGUGUUCUAAACAAAUGGUACAGUUUCUACACCAAUAUGAUAAGAAAGAUGUAGAGAUGAAGCAAACAAUUGGCCACUUUACGUUAGAAGUAAUUGGGGCAUGUGCAUUCGGUAUCAAAUGCGACGCCAUGUCUGAUGAGAAUGCACACUUCUUCAAAGUAGCAGAGAAGUUCGACUAUAUGCCAAUGCACAAGAGAAUAAUGCUGUACUUUAUCCUUAUAUUCUUGCCUCAGCUAAUAAGAUACCUCAACUUUUCAUUUUUGAAUUUAGAAUCAUCAAAGGAAUUAGUGACAAUUUUAAAAGUUGCAAAGGAUGAGCGACAAAAGUCUGGCGUUAAGAAAAAUGAUUUCCUUCAAAUCCUUGUUGAUUUCUCCGAAAACGAAAGAACUGAGUCUGAGAAAACGAAGUCUACUGUUCAUUUAGAUGACGCGACCGUAGAUGCCCAGUUACUAUUAUUCCUAAUAGCUGGGUAUGAGACCUCUAGUACUUUAUUAUCCUUCGCUAUAUACGUACUAGCUACCAAACCUCAUAUACAAGACGAACUAAGGUCCCAUAUCACGAAUAUGACAGAGGGAAAAGAAGUAGACUACGACCUCCUUGCGAAGAUGAAUUAUCUUGAUGGAUUUUUGUUGGAAACGUUACGCAUGUAUCCACCAGUUUCUCGCGUGGACAGGGUGUGCACAAAACCAUAUAAUCUUCCUGGAACAAAUGUAGUCAUCAAACCUGGUGAAGUGGUGGCCAUACCUCUCUAUGGUAUCCAAAUGGACCCUGAAUAUUACCCGGAACCGAAGGAAUUUAAACCAGAAAGAUUCUUAAAUGAAAACAAAAAUGAAAGACCCUCUCAUUUGUAUAUGGCGUUUGGUGUUGGCCCCAGGAAUUGUAUCGGUCUGAGAUUCGCGAUGUUAUCAGCGAAACUGGCUAUGGUUGACCUCGUGAAGAAGUUCCGAUUCUCUGCAUGUGAUAAGACAGAAGACCCAAUUCAGUUUGACAGGAGAUCUCUGUUGCUAAAGGCCCGAGGUGGUCUGUGGGUUCGUGUAGAAGCCAUAUAAAUAUUGUUUUUAUAUUAGUAUGUAAAACUCAAAUUUAAAUUAUAUUUUACAUAAUUUACCUAUUGUAGAAC